CCGGAGCAGCUGGCCGGGCGGGCGGGCGGGCGGCCAGUGGUGGUGGUGGCUGACUGCGACUUAUCGAUAACGAGCACGACUAGGCAAAGCGCACAGAAGGCCCAAAUUUGCAUAUGCGAAGGCGGGGGAGCAGCACACCCACGACCAAGACAACGCCCACGACCGCCACGACACGACCCGCCCCGCAUCCAUCAUGAGUCUGCGCGAGCGUGUGCCGCCGCAGUACCAGAAUGGCGAGCCCGCCAGGCGCGCCCCGGACGACGACUCGGACGUCGAGGAGGAGGCCAUGGCCAACGACUACCGCGAGCAGAUGCAAUACGACGGCAUGGAGGACCUCGACCGCAUGCCCUCGAUGACGAGCAACCAGGACAUCCACGCCCAGCUGCAGGCCGCCGCCACGCCGCUCGAGUUCCAGGCCACGCUCGAGACAAAGUUCGCCAGCUACGACAGCUACUGCAACCUGUUCCACUACAUCCUCAACUCCGAGGGCCCCGUCGACCUCGAGGUGCCAAACUACUACUGGGCCUGGGACGUCAUCGACGAGUUCAUCUACCAGUUCAACAGCUUCUGCAGCUACCGCCAGCGCGUCGCCCAGAAGAGCGACAACGAAGAGGAGAUUGCCCUGCUGCGCGAGAACCCAAACACAUGGGGCUGCUACAGCGUCCUCAACGUCCUCUACUCGCUCAUCCAGCGCUCGCAGAUCAGCGAGCAGCUCGCGGCCAUGAAGCGCGGCGAGGACGCCAGCCUGUACGCCGGCGAGUACGGCAACCGCCCGCUGUACAAGAUGCUGGGAUACUUUUCCAUCAUCGGCCUGCUGCGCGUCCACUGCCUGCUCGGAGACUUUAGCCUCGCCCUCAAGACGCUCGACGACAUUGAGCUGAACAAAAAGGCCAUGUUUGCCCGUGUCAUGGCCGCCCACUUCACCACGUACUACUACGUCGGCUUCUCGUACAUGAUGAUGCGCCGCUACUCGGACGCCAUCCGCAUGUUCAGCCACAUCCUCGUCUACGUCUCGCGCACAAAGAACUUCCAGAAGAACGCCCAGUACGACUCCAUCACCAAGAAGAACGACCAGAUGUACGCCCUCGUCGCCAUCUGCGUCGCCUUCCACCCCACCCGCCUCGACGACACCAUCCACACGGCCCUGCGGGAGAAGUACGGCGAGCAGUUUAACAGGCUGCAGCGCGGCGGGCCCGACUCUCUUCCGCUCUUCGAGGAGCUGUUCCGCAGCGCCUGCCCCAAGUUCAUCAGCCCCACGCCGCCCGACUUUGACAACCCAGAGGUCAACAUUGACCCCGUCGAGCACCACCUGCGCAUCUUCAUGGACGAGGUCAAGAACAACAUGAUGUCGCCCACGGUCAAGAGCUACCUCAAGCUCUACACCACCAUGGAUCUGAAGAAGCUCGCGGGCUUCCUCGAGGUUGAGCCCGAGAAGCUGAGGUGCUGGCUGCUCGUCAACAAGCAGAGGAGCAGGCAAAUACGGUGGGCCGAGGGCGGUCUGCUGGACGGCGACAUUAUCCAGGCCAGCGACCUCGACUACGCCAUGGAGGGUGAUCUCAUUCACGUCUCCGAGGCAAAGGUCGGCAGGAGGCUCGUCGACUGGUACCUCCGCAACCUGGCCAGGACGUACUAGGGUGUCACGCGGGUUUUCAGACACCACCUAUUCACAUUCGGGACCUUUUCAAUAGAGCAUUGCGACUUGGAGUUGGAGGGUUUCACGGGCAUGCAUAUUCGAAAAGCAGACUUUUUUAUUUUUGCAAGGCGCGAAGCGCGACGGGGCAAGGCGAAGACACAAGGAGAAGGGGGUGGGCCAGCCGUUGUAGGGUAUCCAUGGCCGGAUGAAUGAUACUGCCCGCCGCGUGCGAGGUUCGGGCCGAAGGAAGGAAAUGACUACCUGGGUAGCAGACGAGCAGUGGGCAUGAUGAAUACCAAAGAAA